UCUCCAGCUUUCAGUCAGAUAGAAGAGGAAAUGGAUGUCCUGAUGUUUUCAGCGACUACAUGGACCUUAGUGGCUCUCGUUUUCACCUUGUUGUUACUGUAUGGAAUCUGGCCGUAUGGAUUUUUCAGAAAGCUUGGCAUCUCCACACCGAGGCCCCUGCCUUUUGUUGGAACCAUGAUGGGUUCCGCAAAGGGACCCACCUUUGACCGUGAGUGCCAGUCCAAGUAUGGGGAUGUCUGGGGUUUGUUUGAGGGGCGAACCCCACUGCUGAUGGUUGCAGACCCUGAGAUGCUAAAAAACAUCUUGGUGAAGGAAUGCUACACAGCGUUCACAAACCGGAGGAUUACAUUUGAAGACAACGGCCCUCUGGAAGAUGCAAUCACAGCAGUGAAAGAUGAAAGGUGGAAACGAAUUCGCAGCACAAUAUCUCCGUGUUUCACCAGCGGAAGACUUAAGCAGGUUUUUCCCUUGGUUGUUGACUUUGCUGACAGACUGGUCACAAAACUUGGAAAAAUGAAGCUGGAUGAGCCCAUUAAUGUCAAACAAUUUGUUGCACCGUUCAGUUUGGAUGUGGUGACCAGUGCUUCCUUCAGUGUGGACAUGGACUCUAUUAACAACCCAGAUGACCCUGUUAAUGCUCACAUGCAAAAGCUUUUGAACAUAAAAGUUUGGCUAAUAAUUUUCCGUUCGGUCUUUCCUUUUGGUCGUCACCUGCUGAAGCUUUUCAAAGUUGAGUUAAUGCCCCGAUCCAGUUUGGACUUCUUCUACAACACCAUAAAGAAAUUCAAAGAUCAACAUAAUGCAGAGGCAGUGGCUCGUGGAGACUUCCUGCAGGUGAUGGUCCAGAGCGAGAUCCCGGAAUCCGACAUAAAGAGCAAACAUAAGCAACCAAGUAAAGGUUUAACUGAGCACGAGAUGCUUUCUCAGGCUUUGAUCUUCAUUUUUGCUGGCUUCGAGACAACCACCACAACCCUGACCUUCCUCCUUUAUAAUCUGGCCGUCAACCCUGAUGUGAUGCAGAAGCUGCAAAGUGAAAUAGAUGACAGUCUGGAGAAUAAUACCUCCAUUUCCUAUGAGGACCUGAAUAAUAUGGAGUACCUGGACCAGGUUCUUUGUGAGUCACAGCGUCUAAUUCCCACUGCACCUCGACUUGAGAGGACUUGCAAAAAGACGGUGGAGGUUAACGGCCUCACCAUCCCUGAAGGAACGUUAGUUGGCAUUCCAGUGCAUUUAUUGCACAUGGAUCCACGAUACUGGAGCUCUCCUGAACUUUUCAAACCAGAGAGGUUCAGCAAGGAGAAUGAGAAGGAUCUGAACCCCUACGCAUACAUGCCGUUUGGCCUCGGCCCUCGUAACUGCAUUGGGAUGCGAUAUGCGAUCCUGGUCAUGAAGAUGCUGAUUGUGCGCAUCCUGCGGAGUUACACUGUUGAGACAUGCAGAGACACCACGAUCCCAAUUGAGUUUGACUGGAAGUUUCAACCGACCAAGCCUGUGAUGCUGAAGUUUGUUCCCAGAAAACUAUGAGGGCUGACAGGCCAUUUUCAGUUCCCCUGAUAUUUUUAUGAACAUGCUGGCAAAAAUGUUGUUAAAUUUUAAACCCGUUAAAUUUUUCCAAGAUAUAUAUUAAAACCACAAAAUUUUAUAUAAAUGUUGGACAUUUAUGUGAAAGACCAACACAAAUCUGUGCAUAAAUGUGCAGUAUAAGGUACAUAAUACACGUUUUUGACUUGUUUUACAACAUCAAUCUGAAGUGGGCAAUAUAUUUCUUUUUGGCUUAAAACAAACCCAAAAGUAAAAACAGCACAAUUUUUACUUGUUUUUCUUAAAUAGGGUUCUUAUUUUCACAUGCCAGUCUUUAUACUCGCACUUCUACAUUAUAAAAUCCUGUACAUUACUAUAAAAAAUGUUAGCCUUGAACCGCUGUAAUAAACAGUUAUCAUCUGUAGUUUCUACGAAUC